CAGCAUCCAAGUGCCGAAGUGAGAGAGUACGCCUGUGCCAGUAUUUCCAAGCUGUUGCAGCAGAAGCACGUAAUCCCAGCCUUUCUGCAGAGAGACGUCGUCCGGUGUUUAGGACCGUUGUUGAUGGAUCACAGUUUAGCUGUUCGCGAGACAGCCGCAGGUGCCCUCCGAAAUCUGAGUGCUUGUGGAGGAUUUGAAGUCUGUGAUGACAUGGUGACAAAAGACAUCAUGACACCCCUUGUGGCACUUCUGAAAGAGUGUAGCACUGGACUAGAUGCUAACCAGCUCUCUCCAAAGAAAUGCAGAGAGAUGAACAAAAAUUAUAUUGAAGACAUAGCCAAUGAGGCUAUUAAUUUGCUGUGGAAUGUAUGCGAAUGCAACAGUAUCGCAGUAUCCAUAUUCAAUAAAGAAGGAUGUCUGGAGGCAGUGUUACAUUACAUGAAGAAGUUUUCCACGAAUGUGGAUCUGGCUAUUUCAGUAGCAAACUGCUUGCAGGCAGUGACGGAAGAUAAUCCAGAUCUUCUUUCUUCAUUCAAUGCUUCUGCACAACAAGUGUUGGAAACCGUGAUGUUGUGUCCAGAGAGCACAAUGAAGCAUAUCCUUCUGAGAACGCUGAUAGCAGGCACUAUCUGGAAUAUCAAAGAUACCAUUCCACCAGGCAGCCUGGGAAGCAUGGUUAAUGCAAUCCUGAAGAUUUUUUCAGAAUCAUUAGCAAUAGAUGCUGGUGAAACAAUUAUUCGUAUGAAUGAAGCUGAAAAAAACAGGUUAAGACUUGCUGCGGAGGCAGAAACUGAGGAAAACAUGAGUGAUGUUAUAGACAACUGUGUUGUGAGUGAAGAUGAUGACAUGGAAGAAAUACCAAAAGGAAAAGUCAGAAGAGAAAAUGACAUUUCAGACCUACUUCCAUCUGAUAAGUGGGAACUGAAAGAAGUGACAGCUUUACUGAUGGCUCAGCAGACUGCUCUGGAAAUCAUUGUUAAUAUGUGCUGCAGUGAAGAUCCCUCUGAUGACGAAUGGGAAGAACUCUCCAGCAGUGAUGAAAGCGACUUGUUUAUGGAAAACUCAUACAAUGAGGGGGGUGGGCUGCUAAUGUCACCCCUGUGCCUCUCUGAUGAAGUUAACUCAGCGUUUCUGAACAACCUCAUUCCAAAGAAGAUUCUUGAAAAAACUGCUUUUCCGAACAGUGUUGCUCUAGACAUCUGUAUGCACAAUCCGUCUUGGAAACCAUUAAUUAAAAAACUGAAUGCAGUGCAGUGUAGAGCUUUAACGUGUCUUCAUAGCAUUUUAUUAGUGUCAGAUGUGGAUUGUCUUGGAGGAGCUUCAGCACUUCAGUCCCUUGCACAGCACCUCUCGCAGCUAGUCUUUUCUAAAAUGGAACUCCCUACAGACACAGAAUUCUUGGAAGCCAUAACCAGCGCUUUGAGGGCUCUCCUACAAACAAUGGCAUCAAAGAACAUCUCCCAGUGUAUGACUCCUGAACAGCUAUUGGCUUUAUGUGAAGCUGGUAUUCACAGCAGCAAUGCCAGUGUUAGAGUGAACGUAGUGAGCAUCCUUGGAAUUUCUGGCAGCGUCCUGGCAAAAGGACAAGAUACAGCUGAAACACUAAAGAUGAUUGGAAAAUUUCUUCUUGAGGUUGCUACGAAGGAAUCUUCUCUUGUGGUAGCAGGGGAAGCCCUGGAUGCACUUUUUGAUGUAUUUGCAGAUGGUAAAGAAGCAGAAAAGGCGGCGGUACAGAUCAAGUUGCUUGCAGCACUGAAAGAAUUUCAGCCAGUGUUCAAAACGAGGAUGCGAAAAGAAGGCAAAGGACAGUAUAGUACAGACCAACUGUGUGUUCUUGACAAUGUGAAGAUGAAUUUGAGAAGAUUCAUUGCAUAUCAGGAGACACUAGGGAAAACCCCAACUUGAAACAUCGAGGAACUUUAAACUAAGGUUUCCCUUACUGAAUAACAUUUUCCAAAAAUAUAACCGUUUUGGACUUCUAAAAUUUAUUGAGCAGAGCAGUUUUGCUUUCAUGUUAAUAGUGUGGUUUUUUAUGUUCAGUAUUUUUAUACUUCUGGGUUGAUGCAAUAUGAAAGUCACAUCAGCAUAAAAAAAAAUUGCAUACUUUGAGAUUAAGUAUUAGCAGUGAUAAGAGUGUGCUCUUACAGUCCUGAGGUCUGC